GCUGCCAAAAUGCGAUUAUCACUGUUGAUCUUCGGUGCCUUCCUGGUGGCUGCGUCGGUGGCGCAGGAGGAGGAGGACGACAUCCCGUUCGGCGAGGAGGCCGAGGGUGACUUCGGCUACGACGAGAUGGAGGACGAGAUGAUGGACGAAACCGAGGGGCUGGAGGACUUGCUGGGCAUGGCGCGACCUGAGAUAGAGGAGCGGAUGAGCAAGCUGUUCCUGCUGCUGGACAAGGACGGCGACGGCAAGCUGACCAAGAAGGAGAUGAGCGAGUGGCUCAAGCGGCUCCACCCACAGGUGCAGAUGCGGCAGAGCAACCUGGAGUUCGAGGACAUCGAUAAGGACAAGAGCGGAUUUGUCGACCUCAGCGAAUUGCACAAUGCCUACUUCGGCGAGGAUGAGGCGGCGUCGGCAGAGGGCAAGGAGGAUAUUGCGGUGAGUGAGCAAGAAACGGGGAUCAUGCAGGCCACUAAUCAAUCAAUGAGCUGGUGUUGGUGUGUGAGAGCAGCUUCGGUUCAAGACGGUAGACAAGGACGGCGGUGAGUGGCAGGAUGGCGGUCUGGCUUUCAGGCAUGCACCUCUACCUCUCUUUUGUUCGUGUCGGCAUGUGUCGUGUGUGUAUCCAGACGGCAAGCUGAUGGUUGGGGAGUUCAAGAAGCUGCUGCAUGUGGGCGAAGAUCCAGCUCUCAUGAAGGUCGAAAUAGACGAAAUACUCAAGGUGAGCUGAGGAAACAGGCGAGGCCAACGGCAUGUGAUGUGCAUCGACGGCUGAUUGCCUCUCUCUGCUGAUGUGGUUGUGCUGUGCUUCUUCAGCAGCAAGACAUGGAUGGCAACAGGCAGAUCAGCUUCGCCGAGUUCAAGGGGCAGGAGGAGGGUAAACAGAUGCAGCAGACAAAUGGAUGCAGAUGUAAAGCAGAUCAGGCAUGCCCAUGAAUGUCGUCGUUGUUGUGUGUUGCCUCACCUUCCCUGUCAGGGUCUGAGGAGGACGAGGAGAGCAUGAAGAAGGACUUCGAUAGCUAUGACGCCAACAAGGACGGCGUCAUCGACGAAAAGGAAAUCGAGGCCAUCAUCGUCCAGCACUCAGAGGUCGACCACGACAGGGACGUCACCGACAUCCUCUCUGACGCCGGACUAGAAAACGAAGGUCAGAAUCACCCACCCCGGGACCCACCGACACACAACCACCCAUAUAAUCUAUGCGCUGCAUCCAUUUAUUUCCCCUUGAAUGUCUAUAUGUGUGCGUGUAUGUUAUGUGCAGACGCGUCCUUGACGCUGGCGACUAUGCUCGAGAAGCUGGAGAUUGUGGCGCAGUCGAAGCUCACCGACUACGGGGAGCUCUUGCGGUACCCACACGAGUACGGCAUGGACCUGCCAUUCGACGCGCCCGAGAGCACCGAGAAAGACAAACCCCUGCCAGCGGCCAAGGGAGAGGGGGGCCGAUCGGAGACGGAGAGAGAAGGGAAGGCACAACAGCUGCUGCAGACCUUCCUCGAGUGACAGACUAACUACUCACUGUGUGAGGGGGGGAGAGAGGGGGUCUAGUAGUGCUACUUCUGCACUAUCAGGUCCGCCAGCUGCAUCUUCGCGGGUUUGUCAGUGCGAUUUGUCUAGCUCAUGCCGUCUGUUCCUCUUGUCGUCUGUGCUUAGUGGGUGUGGCGGUGGGGGGAUUUCGAUUGGGGCUGCUGUGUGUCAUGAUGGAAUGGAGUGAGUGACACUUGACUGAUGGUGUUUCGUUGAUUGCGUUUCUUUCCUUACAAGUAGACGCUCUCACCUUCCUUCAGUGUGUGUGAGUAUGGCGCCGCAUUGGGUUCUUCGUCUCUGUGGCCUCAUAUACAGCAAGCUGAGCGGGUCUGUUUUUUCGCCACUUUAUGGACAUUUCGCGAAAUUUGCAGAGGCACUUUUAGGGAUGGUAGAGGGCACGGAAACGUCCAUCCAGACACGCAGAAUGACCACCAUUCACGUGAAAUCACGAUUGUUCGCCAGUGCAAAGCCCGACAUGUACGAAGACCGGAAAGGAAGGACAGAAAGUGCACUCCUCAUCUUGCCCAGAGCGACAAAAUCAUCGAUGGUGACAG